GGAGGAGAAGGGCGGGAGCGAGUCGCCGCCGCCGCCGAGGGGCUGGGAGGCCGGAGCGCAGCCCGCAGCCCCCGCCGGGGUGACCUCUGCAGCCGCGGGACCCCGCGUUCGGGGCCGCCCCGCUCCCUUUCAAUGAAGAUAUUCAAAUGUUGUUUUAAAUACCCCCUACAGCAGAAAGUUUUCAUCCUGUUUUUAACCCUAUGGCUGUUCUCCUUGUUGAAGCUUCUAAAUGUGAGAAGACUCCUCUUCCCUCAAAGAGACAUUUACUUGGUUGAGUACUCCUUAAGUACCUCACCUUUUGUAAGAAACAAAUACACUCACGUUAAGGAUGAAGUCAGGUAUGAAGUUAACUGUUCUGGUAUCUAUGAACAGGAGCCUCUGGAGAUUGGCAAGAGUCUGGAAAUAAGAAGAAGGGACAUCAUCGACUUGGAGGAUGAUGAUGUAGUGGCAAUGACCAGUGAUUGUGAGAUUUAUCAGACUCUAAGAAGGUACCCUCAAAAGCUUGUUUCAAGAGAGGAGAAAAGCUUCCCAAUAGCCUAUUCUUUGGUUGUCCACAAAGACGCAAUUAUGGUCGAAAGGCUUAUCCAUGCUAUAUACAACCCACACAAUAUUUACUGCAUCCAUUAUGACCGCAAGUCACCUGGUACCUUCAAAGUUGCCAUGAACAAUUUAGCUAAGUGCUUCUCCAAUAUUUUCAUUGCUUCUAAAUUAGAGGCUGUGGAAUAUGCCCACAUUUCCAGACUCCAAGCUGAUUUAAAUUGCUUGUCAGACCUUCUUAAGUCUUCAGUUCAGUGGAAAUAUGUUAUCAACCUAUGUGGGCAAGAUUUUCCCCUAAAGUCAAAUUUUGAAUUAGUGUCGGAGUUGAAGAAACUCAAUGGAGCUAAUAUGUUAGAGACUGUGAAACCCCCUAACACUAAAAUGGAAAGAUUCACUUAUCACCACGAACUCCGACAGAUGCCUUAUGAAUAUAUGAAGCUACCGAUAAGAACAAACAUCUCCAAGGAAGCACCCCCUCAUAACAUUGAAGUAUUUGUUGGCAGUGCUUAUUUUGUGUUAAGUCAAGCAUUUGUUAAAUAUAUUUUCAACAACUCCCUCAUUAAAGACUUUUUUGCCUGGUCUGAAGAUACAUACUCUCCCGAUGAGCACUUUUGGGCUACCUUAAUUCGGGUUCCAGGAGUACCUGGGGGAAUUUCCAGAUCAGCCCAGGAUGUGUCUGAUCUACAGAGUAAGACCCGCCUCGUCAAAUGGAAUUAUUACGAAGGCUUUCUCUACCCCGGUUGUACUGGCUCUCACCUUCGAAGUGUGUGCAUUUAUGGAGCCGCAGAAUUGAGGUGGCUUAUAAAAGAUGGACAUUGGUUUGCUAAUAAAUUUGAUUCUAAGGUGGAUCCUAUCUUGCUUAAAUGCUUGGCAGAAAAGCUUGAAGAACAACAGAGAGAGUGGAUCACUUUGUCUUCAGAAAAGUUAUUUAUGGACAGAAAUCUCACAAUCACAUCAUUAUAGUAAAAUCCUGAUGAGAAUGAGAGGACCUCUGAUAAAUGGAGUCAAUGUGGAACUGUAUACAAUACCAUGCAUGACACCAUUCAAACUUCAUCCUCUCGUAGUUUGAAAGGUGUCUAAAAUUCCAUGCACAAGGGAAAGUGAUCUAGCCUUUGAUGACAUUAGCCUGCAGUUGGUUAGGUUUGUUAAUGUCUGUUUUUGCUUGUACUCCCACUGAGCUAAAUCAGUUGUCAGAUAUUCAUUGAGCACCUAACUGAAUGACAGGCACUUUUUUAAAGACUGUGGCUUACCCUCAUCACACAGCAACCUUAAUACCUUUAAGUUCUCCACAUAACAAUCAGGAUUCUACUGAAGUAGCUUUCGGAGUAUGUGGUAUCAUAUAAUCACAUAACCUACCCAUUUCAGAGUAUGUUUAAGUACAAUGACCAACACUCCACUUGGAUCUUAAUUCAGCUUCAUAGACAUUUCCUAACCAUUAGAAGUUUAGGAGGAGAGACUCCACUACCUCAGAAAAGCUCAAAGAAUUGUCCAGUUUGCUGCUUGCCAAAGCAUAAUUUGCCUUUUGAAAACAACUAUUACCAAGCCCCAUUCUUAAAAAAGAGUAACCAUUGUGCACAGCUAAGUUCUGCAAAACAUCUGUACCAGUUCAUUCAGGUGUGUGAUUGCGGACAAGCAAAGUCACUCUGGUCUCUAUGAACUUCCAUUUUCCUGGUCUUUGAAAUGAGCACUUAGAUGCCUAUCCUGGCUUCUUCACAGGUUUUUUUGUGAGGAUCAAUUGAAAUAGUAUAUGAAGUGGUUUGAAAAUAGGGACAAAGUAUUGAAAUGGCAGAGAAGUGGUACCUGUAGUUGUAUAAGGCAAAGGUCCAACCCCAUUGAAAGACUUAAACAUUUACCUUUUCUGAAAAAACUCUGAAAUAUAAAAAGAGGCCACAAUUGCAGGUGCAACUUCUGUCACCAAAUCCGGCAUGAGGAAACGCCCAUCGCCAUGUCUAGGGUUUCUUUUUAAACCAAUAGGAUUAGCGGGUUGAUCCAGUGGUUUAUAUUGGGAAUGAUGGCAGACAUACGUUUCCAACCGUGCAGGAUUAAAUACACAAGAUCCUGUUGAAAUCUCAGUUUUUAUGCCGUUGGUCAUUAAAGUAAAUGUAAAUGCUGAAAAAUAAUUAUCCGCCUCCUGGUCCAGCAUCCUGUCUCCUAGUGAGAAAUGAUUCUAUCCCCGAUUUAUUGGGACAUUUCCCAAGUUGUUCAGCACUCUAAUGCCAUGUUCAAAUGAAGCAUGCAAGGAUGAAAAGGGGAUGGUGCCUUCUUUCCCCCAUUGAUACGUUUCUCUGGACUCAGUUUGUAACAUUUCAGGGAGCUUGUCAGAUCACACUCUUUUGCCUUGGGAAUCCUGCAGGCUUCCCAUAUGCCUUCAAACCUGAUUCUUCCCUUAAGCCUUUGGGUAGGAUUCCUUCCCUGCUAUGGAGAAUGCUCUGCAGUCUGUGUUUUAUUCUUUGCAUAGUAUUUAUUGAAUCUAGACUCUAAGUUAUUUGGAGAUGAGACCAGAACCUUGGAUUUUGUAAAUUGUAUGUAAGUAUUAGAUAAUAUUAAUAAUGAAAGAGCUACCAAAAUAUAUCUAUAUUAUGUGAACAAUCUACUGUAAUAUUAUACAUAUUUAAAGACCAGUGUUGCUGCUAUUUUUAAUGUUCUGGUUAUUAAUAAAUGAAAUGUAUAUAUUUAAAUAUGAAGAUUUCUCUUGCCAUCCAGAAUGUGAAGAUACAUGUACAUACAUAUUAAUAUAUAGACAUAUUUCAUGGAAAAUAAAAAUGACAAUCCACUUUGGGAAUAUAAUGUGAAUGUACCGUUAUGUAUGUUGCACUUGUGUUUUUGUUGAUGAAGUGAAAGUUUUGAUUUUUUUUCAUAUAUUUAUAUCAACUGGUCUCUAAAUCUACUUUGUUUUCUGACCAUUUUUGAAAUACACUUACUGUUAUAUGACUUUUAA